CCUCGGGACAAGCUCAGGGAGAGCAAGCCCCGGUUGAAGACACCCCUUUCACCCCCCAAAUGUGCAGACUCUCCGGCUUGGAGAACAGAUGUCCCCGGCCCAUCUCCUCUGCCGGCCCCAGGGACCCAGAGACCCAGGGCCCAGGAGGAGGAGGAGGAAGAGGAGGAUAAAUAUGAGCUGCCUCCCUGUGGGGCUCUGCCCGUGAAUCUAGCCCCUGCCCACCUUCCUGGCACCGAGGAGGACUCUUUGUACCUGGAUCACUCUGGCCCCCGGGCCCCGUCCAAGUCUCCGCAGCCACCGCAGCCCCAGCCCCAGGCCCGGCCCCGGCCCGAGAUGCUGAUGGCAGCCCUGAGCCUUCGGGAGGCCGUGACGCAGGGCCAGUCCUCUGGGAGGCGAGAGCUGAGUGCACCAGCCCGAGUGGUGCCAGGCUCUGCGAAGCAAUGUGAAGAGGGCAUCUACCUGGAGUGUGAGCCCCGUUCAGUCCCUGCCCGGCCUCAGACUCUGAGCUCCCAAGUCCUGAUGCCCCCAGCCCCUCUGCCAAGGACAUCGGCAGUGCCCAGGCCCCCCAUGGCCCCCCAGGAAGCUCAGGGUGGAGCAGCGAACGCCACCUCCAAAGCAGGAAGGAGCUCCUCUCUUUCCUCUGCAGCCCCCACCGGAAGAGGCUCAGCUGCGGAGGACGGCAGCCUGCUGGGUCAGCCGUGGUACUCAGGGAACUGUGACCGUCAUGCUGUCGAUAGUGCCCUGCUCCGAUGCCAAAAGGACGGGGCCUACACCGUGCGCCCCAGCUCGGGACCUCGUGGCUCCCAGCCCCUCACCCUCGCAGUGCUGCUCCACGGCCGGGUCUUCAACAUUCCCAUCCGGCGGCUGGAUGGUGGGCGCCACUAUGCCCUGGGCCGGGAGGGCAGGAGCCACGAGGAGCGCUUCUCCUCCGUGGCGGCCAUGGUCCAGCACUACAUGCAGCACCCCCUGCCCCUCGUGGACAGACACAGUGGCAGCCGGCAACUCACCUGUCUGCUCUUCCCCACCAAGCCCUGACACCCAGCGGACGCCCACACCCACCUCUGGCCCCAUCAGUUGCUCCUUGACCCAUCCCUCUGUCCA